AUUGUUUUAAAAUUAGUCACUUGGUGCAGCACUGCUCGGAAACCACUAAAUUCCGGGCACGAGCGUUCUAUGAUUUGGUAUUUGCAAAAAUAUGAAUGGGGAAAUGUUGGCUACUAUGACGAUCUUAAAGCUGAACACUACUGCGCUCAUGCAGUAGCAACACUAUACUACACUAUUGCUAUAUAUCGUGCUGUAAAGAAUAGAAGAAUACUAGAUACGCGCGGAGGUUACUCCGAUUUUGACAGAUUUCGAUCAUGCCAAUUCAAAUAUCGAGUUGACAACAGUUUGACAGUUAAUCUGUUAAGUUUACGUCAUAAUUUAAACCUCGCGUAUGUAUAGAUUACGAUUUUUAUUCUCGUUACAGUUUAUUUUUUCUCGCGUUGUAUUUUAAGUUUUUUGUCAUUUUGUAUUUCUAAUUAACACAUUGUGGAAAUUGUUGUCUAACAAUAUGAAGCUGCACACAGAUGUAUAUGAUAAAUUAUACUUAUACAUAACACCUGAAAAGUUUUAUGUUGAACCCAUUGGAACAAAAGUAUUGCUUGUAGUUGAUAGAGUGAGUCAACAGAUUUACACCCAAGCUGGCACAGCUAGUCAAAUCCCAUCAACUGCAAGCCGUAGAAAAAUAUGGGGUAUAAUAGGGACUAUACGAUUGUUAGCAUGUCGCUACCUGAUAGUAAUAACAGACGCUGCAGAAGUUGGAACUAUAGCUGGCCAUCAAAUUUAUAAAAUAGUUGCAACAGAAGUUUUACCUUACACAAAAUCUUCAUUGCAUCUCAGUGAAAAACAAGUGCAAAAUAAUGCCACAUAUUUAGAAAUGAUUAAAUCUGUAUUAAAUACACCUUAUUUUUACUUUAGUUACACAUAUGAUCUUAGUCAUACGAUGCAAAGAUUGCAUAAUACUCCUCCUGAGUUUUUACAGAUGCCACUUCACGAUAGGGCAGAUCUUAGAUUUGUAUGGAAUGCUUAUCUUCUACAAGACUUAACGUCAAGACCAGAACAAUACAAGUUUUGUCUACCUAUUAUUCAUGGAUUUGUCUCAUUAAAUACUAUUACUGUGACUGGGAGUACAACAUUUAAUUUAGGUAUUGUAUCUAGAAGGAGUGUACACCGUGCAGGAACAAGAUUGUUUUCACGUGGUAUAGAUUCUACUGGCAAUGUUUCUAACUAUGUAGAAACAGAACAGUUGGUUGAAUUCAAUGGACACCGUAGUUCUUAUGUACAAACACGUGGUUCUAUCCCCUUGUUUUGGUAUCAAGCACCAAAUCUAAAGUAUAAGCCUAAGCCUCAGUUGAGCAUUCAUGAAGAUCACCAAACUGCUUGUGCUCGACAUCUUGAAGCUCAGAUAUUCCAUUAUGGAAAGCAAAUUUUGAUCAAUUUAAUAGAUCAACAUGGUCCAGAAGCUACUCUCGAAAAAGCAUAUCGUAACGUAGUACAACGAAUUAAUAAUCAAAAUGUGCGGUACGAAGGUUUCGAUUUUCAUUCUGAAUGCAGAAGAAUGAGGUGGGAUCGAUUAAACGUUCUACUUGAUCGAUUAGCUCCUGAAUUAGAACAAAUGAGCUACUUUUUGUUAUUGGAAGAUGGAACAUUAUUAUCCGCUCAGGACGGUGUUUUUCGUACGAACUGCAUUGAUUGUCUCGAUAGAACUAACGUAGUUCAAAGUAUGAUAGCAAAGAGAAUUCUCAAUGAGGCAUUAUCAAGAUUGGAAAUUCUUAGGAGGAUCGAGGAUCAUCCUAGUAUCGAAGAACACUUUAAACGAAUUUGGGCUGAUAAUGCGGAUGUUAUAAGUAUUCAGUAUUCAGGUACUGGUGCAUUGAAAACUGAUUUUACACGAACAGGAAAACGCACUAAGUUGGGUGCAAUGAAAGAUGGUUUGAAUUCUUUAACAAGAUAUUAUAAGAAUAAUUUUACCGACGGUUACAGACAAGAUUCAUUAGACCUAUUUCUGGGCCGUUACAUUGUGCAAGAUGGUGAAUGUACAUCGGUCCAAUGUCCUUUGGAAUGCGAAAGAAAUUGGCGCUACGCGACAUUCCCUUUGGUACUUCUCGUUGCAUCGUCCAUGUUGGUUGCUCACAUAAUCUUACCUUCAAGAUACACUACUGAAAUUUUGUUGUAUAUGUUAUUUUGGGGUGCUAUGGUGGGUGGUACAUUUGCAACCAUCAUUCAUCAUGGCAAACAAUACGUGGAUAAACCUAAGUUGCUUUAAAUGUCUCUUAAUUUCAUGUACUACAUGCUGUACAACAUUUUUUCUUUAUUCAUACUGGGGUACACCAUAAAUUUUUUGUUACUUUCUUUUUCACUUUAUCGAUAAUAUAUUUUCUUGUUAUUAAAUGUUAGAAUUUAUUGUAAAAACGAAACGGUAUAUUUUAGAUCUAUAAAUUCUAGCUUUGUAUAUGCAUUUUAUGUUUUGAGGUUAUAGAUGUAAUGUUAGGAGAGGAAAAAGUGUAGUAAAAUUGAGCAAAUACGUUCUUAUUGAUGUACAGUAGCAAGCACCGUAGACUUUCUUAAGGAAAAUGGCGAUGUAAAGGAAAGAGCCAAUUACUUGUUGGUUUUUGGUUGGUAACUUUUCUUUACAAAUUUCCAAGUUGAGAAGUAGGAAAUUUGGAAGGCUGCUCAUCAUACACUGGUCUUUGUCCAAAGGAAGCCUACAUUGCACUUGAAUGUACAUAGAUUAACACCGUAGUUAAUCUUCAUAGUUGCUACAACUCUUACUUUUUCUACGUAAGUAGAGUAAGACACAGUAUGUAAGGGAAAUCGCUCGUUCCCUUUCUUGUAAAGUAUUGUAAAGAGGCGAGGGUUCGAUUUCAGGCAAUAUUUGUUCUCCUGACAAGCCGUACCGCAUUGUAGUGCUUUGUAUGUAUCGUUCAUAGAUUGCCUGUGAUUAUUACUCGUGUUUAUUCAACACUGCAGGUAUUUGACGAUACGUAAAAUUUACUUGCAAUGUAAACAAAGUAAUUAAUAAAUUAUUCAUGAUUUCUUUCAAUGAAGACAUUUUAGAAAAUAAUACAAUCGUAACUAUUGUUUAUAAUUCACGAAUACUAGGUGAUCUAGUCAGAAAACUGAUCGUAUUUUAAGAUAUGCGAAAUGUUUAAUGUAUCCUGACAUUUGAUAGUCAUAUGCCGAACCAAAGUGUAUGAUGUUUUUAAAGUUUUAUCCGAUUGUCAGUUCGCAUAGUAAGUGAUAUAUCGAAGGAUGUUUUGUUGAAAGAAUAUUUUUUAAUACUUGAUAAAUAAUUUUCGUACAAAACUGCUUACUUAUUGUAAGUUAAUACUUUUAAUCCAAGUGUCAAUAAAAUUGUUUUCUCUAUUGCAAAUAAAUGUUGCACAGCAUCUAUUAAUUACGAGUAAACGUAUGUCAUGUUUUUUGGUAUAAUGCGAACUUUGUUAAUCAAUCGCACUGUGUGUCUUUUUAGUGCAAUUAAAGUAGAUAAAGAUUAUUCAUCUUUAGCCAAAGGCGUCUACUUUAAUAUUUGAUUGAUGUCUUCCAAUAUGUACAUGCGUAAUUUUUAGAAAACAUUCUUAUGUCAAUUACUUUAAGGUAUUUGAACAUGCACAGGAGAAAUAGAAAAUAGAAAUCUUUUCCCAUGUUUCUUUUCACUUCCUUCAUAACACAAUUUAUAGACUAAAAAUAAAGAACACUAACGCAAAUA